AUGGAUCUCGCAGGGUCUGAUGGGGAAUCUGUGCCAAACGGCAACAGGGAUAUGGAGCCUCCGGGCCCAGACCAGGACAAGGGCACCGGCUUCCUCAGCCUGGGCGUCGACGAGGAGCGGGAAGUGCCACAAGAAACCCAGCCUGAGGCGAUGUCACUAACCGGAGAGCCCGGAGACCCCGAGGCUCCCGGAGACGCCGGAGAGGGAGUGGCAGCGGAAGCGGGGCCCGAGUUCGCACCUGAGCGGGGCCCUGGAGCCGCUGAAGUCCAGGAGGAGGCGGACAGCGAUGGCGUCAGUGACAGCGAUGGCGUCGGCGACAGCGAUGGCGUCGGCGACAGCGAUGGCGACGGCGACAGUGAUGGCGACGGCGUCGACAAGCCGGCGGAUGGCCGCGAGGCCGCAGAAUUUCCACCGCCUGCGCCAGGGCAGCCAGAGCCGGAGAAGCAGGAGGGGCAGGAGGGCCAGCCCGAGCCGGAGGGGCCACAGGGGGCCGAGGGGCCGCCGCUGCCGGAGGGGCCGCCGCCGCCGGAGGGGCCGCCGCCCCAGGCCGCCGCCCCAGGCCGGGCACCGGCGGCCCAUGGCGUCCAGUUCAGCCGGCUGCAGCUGCGGGAGCUGGAGAGCUUGUUCCAGCGCACCCAGUAUCCCAACGCGCUGAUGCGCCAGGAGCUUGCAAGAUUCAUGAAUGUGCCUGAAGCCAGAGUGCAGGUUUGGUUUAAGAAUAGGAGGGCCAAGUGGAGGAGACAUCAGAGGGCACUGAGGUUCAGAAACAUGCCCCCCGUGGCCAUGCCCCCCCCCGUCGUCGUUAACGUGGGUGGACCCUGCCGUGCCAUCCUCAUUCAGGAGCCGGAAUACAUGUGGGUUCUUCGCGAGCCAGUGCUGCUGGGGCCCCCCCCGCCGCCCAUGCCACCCUUUCCUGUUGUCUUCUUGCCUCCUCCGCCCUGGCGUCCUCCGCCUUACCCGCCUUGCGGCUGCCCUCCCGUGGUCGCUCCCGGGUAUCCCCCGUCCAUGGUUUUCUUGUAAGCUCUUUUCCCACGCAAUGGCCUCUGUGACCGUUUUUUCCCACGGGGCAACAUUUGCAGCCGAUUCCCGUUCUGUGGAGCUCACCCGAAAGAGCAGUUCACUAAAUGCCCGCUAAAUGUAUUCGAGAGAAGUGCAAAGUCACGGACCCUCUAUCUGGGGGCACUUGUUGUCUUUUCAAUAAAGUUAUGA